UAUAAAGGGUGCAAAAUCAAGACAUCAACAACUCCACCAACACUUCUUCAAACGAAUAACUUCAAAAGAAUUCCGCAAAUUGCUAUGAGCCAAGAAACUACCGAGAAAGACUAGGGCUUCUCAUUCAAACUCCAAACCCUAUCGCUUUGCAUUCGCCAUUUCUUUAUAUCAUCGCCAGCUUCAUUUCCGGAUCUUGAAUUCCAACAAAUCUCAGAUCUUUCCCCAGGAAAUAGAAAGGAAAUGAGGCGAAGCCAAGAGACCCAUCAGCUUAAAACAAUGCCGAGGAACGUCCACCGCCAUGAACGGCCUCCUCCUCCUCCUCAGAAGUCGCUCCAGAUCAAGCAAGAAGACAAGUUCUUCUCCAAGCUCCUGUCGAGAGAGAGCUCCAGAGUGAACUCGUCUUCCAGAGUGUUCUACUACGGAGGAGCUCCCCGGGCAGUGCCAUUCCAGUGGGAGUCGCAGCCCGGGACUCCAAUCCGCGACUUCGCGACGUCGUCGCACGCCGCCUCGUCCUUUCCUCCUCUCACGCCGCCUCCCUCGUACUACUCGAAGUUGAAGUCAAGGAGGUUCAUGCAGAGCAAGAACGUUGACGGUCGCUCCAAGCCCAAGAAGGUUUCGACGAUGAGCAACAUGUUCUCGAAGAUCAAUCACAGCACGAAGAAGCCGCGCCAGGUCUCGCAGUCGCCGUCGGUAUCGUCGACGUCUUCCUCAUCCACGUGGUCCAUGACGUCGUUUUCUUCGCCAUCGGUGGCCUCGGCUUCUUCUUCGAUGGAGUCCAAGUUUAACAGGCGAGACUUGUCCGGCGCUAGGUCCUCCCUGGUGCAUUUCGGGUUGGAGGACGCGAAGGACGACGGCAACAACGAAGAAGAGGGA